CGUGCAAUCAUGUUUAAGAUAAUAACUUUACUUUCUCUGAUCGUUCAAAUUGAAUAUAUAAUUUCAAUGAACUGUCCUCCAAUGAUUUAUACUCCAAUUAGAAAAGGUGGUCUGUCUCUAUCUCCAGAUGGAAUCAUAUCGAAUCAUACCAUAGUACAUGGGAUUGUCCAGAUGGAAUGCUUUGAGCACUGUCAGAGAGAACCGGGAUGCGUUGGAUUCAACUACAGAGAAAAGUUCAACGUUGUGAACUGCCAACUGACCAGCAUCGUUGAAAGGACAAAUCACAGCAAAAUGACGGGCAAAGGCGAAUGGAUAUUGAUGCUCGAUAAUGAAGCGGAAAAGAGAAGAAAUGACGUUUUAAACUCAGCCACUAGCUGUGCCUAUCUGUAUAACAAAGGCGUGAGGAAAGAUGGUGUUUAUACCAUUGAUCCUGAUGGCCUGGGAUCGUUUCAAAUCAGUUGUGAUAUGAGCACAGACAGGGGUGGCUGGACCGUGUUCCAAAGAAGACAAGAUGGAAGUCAAGAUUUCUUCCUUGGAUGGUCAGACUAUAAAGCAGGCUUUGGUAAUUUGAGUGGCGAGUUCUGGUUGGGCCUGGAGAGAAUACAUCGUUUGACCAAGUCUGGCCAAAAUGUUUUAAGAGUUGAUUUGAUGGAUUUCAAUGGCACUAAACGUUACGCUGAAUAUGGAACGUUUAGUGUGGCUAAUGAAUCAGACAAAUACAGAUUGAAUAUUGGCAGUUAUUCAGGUGAUGCAGGUGAUUCUCUGGCUGACCACAAUCAUAUGCAGUUCUCUACCAGGGAUAGUGACAAUGAUAAAUAUAGUAAUGGUGAAUGUGCUGUCAUGUGGAAAGGUGCUUGGUGGUACACGAGCUGUCAUCGUUCAAACCUCAAUGGCCUGUACGUUGGUGCAGGUCAUUUUAGUGGCAGCAGAAUAAGCUGGAUAAAAUGGCACCGUCAUUCAAUGAAAGAGACGGAAAUGAAAAUUCGUUCACUCAACUUUUAACAUAAUUUCUGCACAACCGAUUAAGAAACGAACAUUCACUAAGGAAGGCAAAAAGACAAGUCUGCGACAUUCGUGAUAGAU